AUGGGUGAGACGACUAGUCUAAAUGUGCUCCGACAGUUUUGUAAGGACAUAAAGGAAGUCUUUGGUCCGGAGUUCCUACGAAAGCCAACCCCUGAUGAGUGCCAGAGACUGCUAGAUAUGCACGGUGCGGUGCACAGUUUCUCCGGGAUGAUGGGCAGCAUUGAUUGCAUGCAUUGGGAGUGGAAAAACUGCCCGGUGGCGUGGAAAGGUUCGAACAAUGACAUCAACGUUCUGCAGUCGUCGCCUAUCUUCAAUGAUGAGUGCCGGGGAGAGGGUCCAGAGAUCAGUUUUGUAGCAAAUGGCACGCAGUAUCGCAGGGGAUACUAUUUGGCAGAUGGAAUAUACCCUCGUUGGCCCGUAUUCUUCAAGACACUUUGCCAACCGGCUGGAGCGAAGAGACAAUAUUUUGCGCGAAAACAAGAGGCCGCUAGGAAAGAUGUUGAGCGAGCUUUUGGUGUGCUCCAAGCGCGAUGGGCCAUUCUACGCUGCCCGGCACGAGUUUGGCACGAAGAUGAUGUCGCGAAUAUUAUGGUAGCAUGUAUCAUAUUGCACAAUAUGAUAAUAGAAGAUGAAGGAUUUGCUGCAGAACGUUGA